UAAAUGUUUCGCAUCCUAGAGAAAUAUUCAUCCAGAAAUUAAAAGGGUGAGCAAAAUCAUCUAAAAAGCAUUUAACAUAGAGAAGUUAGGCCAGAGUUAUCAACCAAGAGCAUGGCUUUCUCUCACUCAUCUGACUUGAAGGAGAUUCUAGUCAACUUGUCCCUCGCUCGGUGCCAGGUGCUCUGCCAUGCUCCCUACUCGUGGCUGCCAGAAUUAACAGUAUGGAGGCAAGUGCAGCCAGGAAAGGCUUGGAUGGUCCAUCAUAGGCUGUGACUGGAGGACAUCUUCAGUCAAGAUGAAGACAAGGGACUAAGCAGGCCUGGAGAUCUCCUUCCUACCCGAAACACAAAAUGCCAAAUCACAGCUCUGAUUUUUUUUUUUUUUUAUUGUUUGGGAUUCAUUGAGGGUACAAAGAAUUAGGUUACACUGAUUGCAUUUGUUAGAUAAAGUCCCUGUUAUACUUGUAUCCUGCCCCCGAGAAGUGUGCCAUAAGAUUAAGACCACAAAAGCCAGAGAAAGGCCAACAUCAGGUGCACAGCUGAGAUAACGGUUUAAUGACUUUGCCAGUAUAAAAGUCAGAGUCAGUAGACGUUUGCCCUAAAAGCAAUUGAAACUGUAUUUCCUACUUAAAGCCAGGAACUGGAAUAGUACUCCCUAUUUGGGACCAAAAUUGUUUGAGUGUGGGAGGAGGGCCUAAUCUAUAGUGUCCGCAAAAAAAAAAUUUGGGAGAUUGAAAACUAAGCUUGGAAAUUGGCGUUUAAAACUUUUCCAGGUCAAGGGAGUGUCGUAUGCCCAAGCUGAAGUAUUGCAGGCUGCCACCAUCCAGACACAAAUGCUUCAUAAGGAAGAUAAUUCCCACCAAAGUUGAACUCACAGUGAAAGAUUACAAAUACCAAGAAUCUACAUCUACAGGGGCAAUACAUCGAAUUUAUACCCGAGGAACUACAAAUGGAAAAGCAACUAGGACAUGGCUCUUAACAUACAGAUAUCUAAGAUGUUAAAGGAGAUAAAGGAAAAGGUAGACUUAAUAAAACAGGAGAAGGUGCAUUUGGUACACUAUUCAACCCUAGGAGAUCAUAAUGAUUCUCAACUCUUCUACCGAUGAUGGUAUUAAAAGAAUCCAAGAUGACUGUCCCAAAGCCGGAAGGCAUAAUUACAUCUUUGUCAUGAUUCCUACUUUAUACAGUAUCAUCUUUGUGGUGGGAAUAUUUGGAAACAGCUUGGUGGUGAUCGUCAUUUAUUUUUAUAUGAAACUGAAGACCGUGGCCAGUGUUUUUCUUUUGAAUUUAGCCCUGGCUGACAUAUGCUUCUUGCUGACUCUGCCACUGUGGGCCGUCUACACUGCCAUGGAAUACCGCUGGCCCUUUGGUAACUACCUGUGUAAGAUUGCUUCAGCCAGUGUCAGUUUCAACCUCUACGCCAGCGUCUUCCUCCUCACGUGUCUCAGCAUCGAUCGCUACCUGGCUAUCGUCCAUCCGAUGAAGUCCCGCCUGCGCCGCACCAUGCUUGUAGCCAAGGUCACCUGCAUUGUGAUUUGGCUCCUGGCUGGCUUGGCCAGCUUGCCAGCUAUAAUCCACCGAAAUGUGUUUUUCAUCGAGAACACCAAUACCACGGUGUGUGCUUUCCAUUACGAGUCACAAAAUUCCACCCUCCCCAUAGGUCUGGGUCUAACCAAAAAUAUACUGGGUUUCCUGUUCCCUUUUCUGAUCAUUCUUACGAGUUACACUCUUAUUUGGAAGGCCCUAAAGAAGGCUUAUGAGAUUCAGAAGAACAAGCCGAGAAAUGAUGAUAUUUUUAAGAUAAUUAUGGCCAUCGUGCUCUUCUUUUUCUUUUCCUGGGUCCCGCACCAGAUAUUCACUUUUCUGGACGUGCUGAUUCAGCUGAAAGUCAUCCAUGACUGUAAGAUCGCAGACAUUGUGGACACCGCCAUGCCCAUCACCAUCUGCAUAGCUUAUUUUAACAAUUGCCUGAAUCCUCUCUUCUAUGGCUUUCUGGGGAAAAAAUUUAAAAAAUAUUUUCUCCAGCUCUUAAAAUAUAUUCCCCCCAAAGCCAAAUCCCACUCAGGCCUUUCAACAAAAAUGAGCACCCUUUCCUACCGCCCCUCCGAUAAUGUCAACUCGUCCACCAAGAAACCCACACCCUGUUUUGAGGUCGAAUGACACGUUCAGAACCUGUCUGGGCAGUCAUCUUGUGAAAGGAGGGGCAAGGGAAACUUUCUCUAUAGCGCUUCCCCAAAUGAACAUUAACGACCUUCCAGAAUUUAACAAGAAAAUGGAUGAUGUGGACUGAAUCACCUUCUCUGAAGCUCUGAACAAAAGCUUUUCUUUCCCUUUGCAACACAAUUAUGCAAAACUACUUUUGCAUUAGGUAGAUGACGGCUACUCAAAAAACAAUCUCAGAACCUGGAUGAAUGUACUGAUGUGGGAAAUUUUACUGACAGAAAUGCAAUCCCCUAGUCUGCUCUUGGCCUAUUAUAUUUGACUUCUGUAUAAAGGUAUCUAGACUAUGUUAAGCCUUUAGAGGAACAGCAGUUCAGCGGUCCAUAGUUCUGCCUAAUAUUCAAAAGGACAGCAAAGCUUUCGGGCCUGUUGGCUGUAAACAACCGUGGCCCACUUGCCCCUGCUACGUGACAAUUUGGACAGAGAUUUGCCAAGCAGUAGUUGUCAAGUUUCAGAACUUCUUGCAAAAUGUUCAUACAGCGUCUUAGAGCUGUACACUGCCAAAGCUAUGCUGGUAAGAAGGCUUCUUUGUAUAAUGGAGUUACAAAAGUCACAUAUAAAAGUUAAACUACUUGUAAAGAUGUUACUCUGGUCUCAGGUAGUAACGUCUUUCCAGUCCUAUGAGUUUGCUGUCAUAUCUGAGAAGUGUGUAUGGUUUGUGGUAAAAAGAUUAUACAUAUAUCAUAGAGUAUCCCUUUACUAUUUUAAAAACGUGUAUACUCUGCACACAUAUAUGUAUAUAAUCUCUAAACUGUUGUUACUUAAUUAAAAAUCUGUCGAGGUUACAUUUACCUUAAAAUAAUUUUAUUGUAAUGUAUUUAAUCUUCAUUAUUCAAAAUACCUGUAUGUGCUGAUUUAUUUUUUAAAUAAGACAACUGUGAAUAAGUAUUAACAUGUUUUCAUUUAAAUUUGGUAAAACGGAUAGUUUAUAGAUUUUGUAUAUUGCCAUUGAAAAGAUAAAGAAAAAAUAUGUCGCUUUACUGCACAACAAAGAAUAAA